UCCGAGAGCCGAGAGUGCGUCAACUGCGGCUCCAUCCAGACCCCGCUGUGGAGGAGGGACGGCACCGGCAACUACCUGUGCAACGCCUGCGGGCUCUACACCAAGAUGAACGGCCUCAGCCGGCCCCUCAUCAAGCCCCAAAAGAGAGUGCCUUCGUCGCGGCGGAUGGGGCUGUCCUGUGCCAACUGCCACACCACCACCACCACGCUGUGGCGCAGGAACGCCGAGGGCGAGCCCGUCUGCAACGCCUGCGGCCUCUACAUGAAGCUCCACGGGGUUCCUCGGCCUCUCGCUAUGAAAAAAGAAGGAAUUCAGACAAGGAAGCGAAAACCUAAGAAUAUAAAUAAAUCAAAGGCAUGCUCCGGUAACAGUACUACUGCAGUUCCCAUGACUCCGACAUCCACAUCCUCUACCAACUCAGACGACUGUAGCAAAACUGCUUCUCCCGGCGCACAGCCUGCAGCCUCCGGGGCGAGCUCGUCGGUGAUGUCUGGCCCCGGAGAGAGCACCAGCCCCGAGAGCAGCAACCUCAAGUAUUCAGGUCAAGAUGGGCUGUACACAGGAGUCAGCCUGAGCUCCACGGCCGAGGUGACAGCAUCUGUGAGGCAGGAUCCCUGGUGUGCCCUGGCUCUGGCGUGACCUGGCGCGAGGGAAGCUGGAUCCUGGCAGCCCCCAGACAUCUGCACGCAGUUUCCUCUGUGAGCGAGCGGUCGCAGCGGCAGUGAGAGUGCUGGCAAAGACCAUUCCUCUGAAACAGUUUUUGAGCCUUGGUGGCAGAGGUGGUUUUCUACUUCUGAAAGAGGCUUUGCCAAAGCAUCCAGUUCCUCAACUAUGCAAGAAAAAUGUAGGGAGAGCAAAUGACCACCGGGGAUAGCUAACACAGCCUUACACUCUUAAAAAAACCCUUCAAAGCCCCCCUCAAAAAAACUUAAAAAAUAAAAACAAAAAAAAGGAAAAGAAAAAACAACAACAAAAAAGAAGAGAUAAACCCACACCUAUUGUUAGAUUCCAGAAAUUCAUCCUCAACUUACCCUGCAGCGCUGCCUUUCUGAUUAUGUAGUUGUUUUCACUCUCUCAUUGCCUUUUCCAUUAAGAAUUUGGUGGAAGUUGUCAAUGUCGAGGAGGGAGUAGCAAAGACUUUAUUUACCAGAAAUAGUGAGAUACUUUUUAAUGAGUGUCAGAAGCGCUUACAGCUUGAGUUGACACGGACUUCUCGCACCGAAGAUUUGAUGUCUUCGCCCCGUCAGACCUCUCCUUCCAUGCUCUUCGUCUUCAGCGUGCCUUGCUCUGCUCUUCAGAGCCCAGCUAUGUCCCUGGAAGAAAUCACAACGUUUGGUACAAGUCCCACAAGGUCCAGCUGGUUAAGGAGAUUUUGGGAUUGGUGUUUUUUGGUUUAAAAUAUUUACUCACUUUUCAAGACUGCGAUAUAACUUUUAAAGUACACUGUGACUGAGAUUUAUGAAAGUCCAUAUUUCCUGGCUGAACUGUGUGUAGAGUCAGUCAAAAUUUGUAAACAGGGUAGCAAUCAGAUAUUUUUCUUCCAUAUAUACAAUAAUUUUUUUAAAGAAGUGCAAUUUGCGUUGCAGCAAUCAGUGUUAAAUCAUUUGCAUAAGAUUUAACAACGGUUUUUAUACGAAUGAAUGAAUGUAAACAUUUUAACUUAAUGGUACGUAAAUAAUUUAAGAGAAAAACUUAACUAGGCAUCCUUAGGCUUUUUAGCGCAACAAAAAUGCAUCCACCUCCUGUAUUUCCAGUUGUUAAAGCAAGAGUUUCAAAGAACAAGCCUUCUCUCAGGAAAAUUGCCCUAGCCAUUUGCUCCAAAGUGUUGUACAGAAAUGCAAAUGCAUCCCCAAGGGUUUUUUUUGCCAUUGAGUAAGUGUGUGGUGGGAAGAAACAAAUUGCAAUGAAACUUUACUACCUAACUGAUACAUGUGUAAAUACUACAGAAGAUAUCUAGGCAUCUCAAGAAUGUAGGAUGCAAUCUGUAUAGUGUGACUGAUGCAUAGUUAGGUUGGUUUUCAUUGGUUUUAAAGUGGGACAUCAUUUGGAAAGUUGUUUCAUCAGAGCUUUACAAA